AUUUUUAGUUAGGAGUUCUUCAUGUGAAAUUAAUUAGAGUAUAAGAAUUAAUUAAUAUAGAAAACAUUUUUAAAUAGGGCAGCACGUCAACGUGUGGUGCAAAACAACCCCCGGCCAGCUGAGGGUACCUUUGCAUAAGUGUGCGUCAGUGCUUAAGGGUGAACCAGUGUACGUGUGACUGUACGGGUGUGAGUUUGUGUGUGUGUCAGAGGCAUGAAAAAAACAGCCGGCAAAGAAAUUCAACAUUAAAAAUAGACGCGAGCUGUGCGCUCUUUUAAAAUUGCUAAUCAAUUCAGCUGGAGUGUGCGGCUGUAUGCAAUAGUUGGCUUUUCCAUAACUAAAUUCAGUCCGUAAUGUGUUGAAAAUUGGUAAUUAAAGUAAAAGCUGCCUUCGAUAGUGGCAUCGUCGUGUAUUUUUCCCUUGUUGAGAUUACCGUCUACAAAUGUAUUUGUAUAUACUAUAAUAUAAUAAGAGGCUGUACGUAGAACAAUAACGGAGCACGUGCAGUACCCAUACCACUCCACUGCAGUCAUCAUCACGCCACGCUACGCUUUGCCAACGUCUAGGAGAGGAAAGAGAGAAUGAGGAAGAUGCAGCUCAUAAGGCGACUGCUCAAUUACAAAUAUAUGACGAGGGCGCAAAUAAAUGGCUUUGACAAUUACAAGUACAGCGCCAUAGACACCUCACCUCUAAGUCAAUAUGUAAUGCACCCAUUCUGGGACUGGCUUGUCAAGUUCUUCCCCCGUUGGUUUGCACCCAAUCUGAUGACAUUCCUGGGCUUCCUGUUCAGUGUGAUGAACCUGGUGUUGCUCUCCUACUACGACUGGAACUUCGAAGCCAGCUCCGGCGAGGAACAUACCACACCCAUUCCCAGUUGGGUAUGGCUUUGCACCGCAAUCAACAUAUUCGUUGCCUACACGCUGGACGGCAUUGAUGGCAAGCAAGCGCGGCGCAUCGGAUUGUCUGGACCGCUGGGCGAGCUGUUCGAUCAUGGUUUGGACUCGUACACAGCUAUGCUGAUACCAACAUGUCUGUAUAGCAUCUUUGGACGCAGCCGGGUCUACUCAGUGCGUCCCAUGCGCAUGUACUAUGUCUGCCUAACGGUCUACUUCAACUUCUUCAUAUCGCAUUGGGAGAAGUACAAUACGGGCAUAUUGUACUUGCCGUGGGGCUAUGAUCUCAGCAUGUGGGGCAGCACAGCUAUGUACCUGGUCACCUGGUGGAUGGGCUUCGAGGGCUGGAAGUUCGAAUUGCCAUUGGGCUCCCUCGGCACUUUGCCGUUGGGCAAUGUGAUGGAAGCAGUGCUCCAUAUUAGCGCCAUGGCAAAUCUACCUUUAGUGUUUAUCAACGUUUACAACUCAUAUAAGAAUCGCACGGGACGAUUGUUAUCGCUAGCGGAGGCUCUGCGACCCUUAUGGCCUUUUGUUACAUAUUUUGUGCUCUUGUUUGUCUGGCCCUUUGUAUCGCCGAACGACAUUAUGGAAACGGAUCCCCGUGCCAUGUUCAUGUUGAGCGGCACAAUCUUCUCGAAUGUCAGCUGCCGAUUGAUCGUCUCCCAAAUGUCCGUCACCCGCUGCGAAGCCUGGCACUGGCAGACGCCCAUGUAUGUGGUGUCCAUAGUGCUGGGGUUGUGGCUUCCGGUAUUGGAGCGGCCGCUACUUUACAUGCUGCUCAUAGUGACUACCUUAACACAUUGGCACUAUGGAGCCAGUGUGGUCGAUCAGAUGUGCGAGCACUUUAAUCGUAUUUGCUUUACGGUGCACAAAAGAGUGCCGGACAAAGAAGUGGAGAGCAAACCGCUAGCGAAACUGCAGGAGCAUCCGGAUGAGUUAAAGACAUCACUCAAAAAGGAUUAGACAGUGCACAGUGCAUUGAUGUGCAGUUUACUAUUUGUUUUUCUCAUUUGAGCUCUCUGCGGCAAGUCUUAUUCAUCUUAAGUGGAUGUGAGAUUAUGUAUUUACAUUCGAGUAUGCAUAUAUUUUGUUCUAAUUAGCGCCUUUUUGAACAAGAUGCUCAGGUGGCAAGGACAAAUAUUCUCGAGUUAUAAAGAACAAAAAAAAACGACAUUAUAAUACACACUUUCCAAAAGGCUAUGCUUCAUACGGUUCUAUUCCUUUUAGCAAUGAAAAACUCGCUUCGACCAUUGUAGUAUUCAACUGAAAUUUGUCGAAUCUAUUUGCAUCAAUGAUGAUGAAAUAACUACAAACAUUACUAUUAUCCCAUUGAAUAUCCAGAACGCAAAACAAUUGUCAAAACUACAUUUUUCACACAGAUCCACUAUAUUUUUUAUUAAGAAAGACUUGGACUCUGUUCCAAGACAACGCUUGCUUCCUGUACCCUGUAAUCAUUCUAAUUGUAUCUAUAAGUGUAUUUAAAUGUUAGUGUUUUAUGUAUUUAUUCAAUUUGCUGUUUAGCUCUCAAUUAUCUAGACAUAAUAGCAUACUCUUAAAUGUGCUUAAUUUAUUUUGUAUUAUUCAUAAUGUGCUCUAGUUUAUGCAUUGAAACUGAAGAAAACCGACAUGACCUCUUAUUUUUUUUAAAUGCAAACUAUGUUAUUAUUAUUUAAUUACGUCGCAUACUUUAUACGUCUAAUAUCUAUAAAUUAGUGUGAAUAAAAUGGGGCACGAUUUUAAUUAUAUACUGAACUGUAAAUGUAAAUAUCGCUUCCCCAUCCUUGUAAAACUGUGUAAAAGACAAAACCACGACAAGACAGCCACUUUAAAGGAAUAAAUUAUAUUUUAGAGAACACAA